AUGAGCCCCCGCUCGUGCCUGCGGUCGCUGCGACUCCUCGUCUUUGCCGUGUUCUCCGCCGCCGCGAGCAACUGGCUGUACCUGGCCAAGCUGUCAUCGGUGGGCAGCAUCUCCGAAGAGGAGACGUGCGAGAAGCUCAAAGGUCUGAUCCAGAGGCAGGUGCAGAUGUGCAAGCGGAACCUAGAGGUGAUGGACUCAGUGCGCCGUGGCGCCCAGCUGGCCAUCGAGGAGUGCCAAUACCAGUUCAGGAAUCGGCGCUGGAACUGCUCCACGCUGGACUCCCUGCCUGUCUUCGGGAAGGUGGUGACGCAAGGGACUCGGGAGGCGGCCUUUGUGUACGCCAUCUCUUCAGCAGGUGUGGCCUUUGCGGUAACAAGGGCGUGCAGCAGUGGAGAGCUGGAAAAGUGUGGCUGUGACCGGACAGUGCAUGGGGUCAGUCCACAGGGCUUCCAGUGGUCAGGAUGCUCGGACAACAUCGCCUACGGCGUAGCUUUCUCACAGUCCUUUGUGGACGUGCGGGAGAGAAGCAAGGGGGCCUCUUCCAGCAGGGCGCUCAUGAACCUUCACAACAACGAGGCCGGCAGGAAGGCCAUCUUGACACACAUGCGUGUGGAGUGCAAGUGCCACGGGGUGUCGGGCUCCUGUGAGGUAAAGACGUGCUGGCGAGCUGUGCCGCCCUUCCGCCAGGUGGGCCACGCACUAAAGGAGAAGUUUGAUGGUGCCACAGAGGUGGAGCCACGUCGUGUGGGCUCCUCCCGGGCACUGGUGCCACGAAAUGCACAGUUCAAGCCACAUACGGAUGAGGACCUGGUGUACCUGGAGCCCAGUCCAGACUUCUGUGAGCAGGACAUGCGCAGUGGUGUGCUGGGCACGAGAGGCCGCACGUGCAACAAGACAUCCAAGGCCAUUGAUGGCUGCGAGCUGCUGUGUUGCGGCCGUGGCUUCCAUACAGCACAGGUGGAGUUGGCCGAGCGCUGCGGCUGCAGGUUCCACUGGUGCUGCUUCGUCAAGUGCCGACAGUGCCAGCGGCUCGUGGAGAUGCACACGUGCCGGUGAUGUGCCCAGCAGUGUCCAGCACCACCUGCGCGGCCGGGGGAAGGCCAAUAAUUUAAACAGUCUCCCACCACCUACCCCAAGAGAUACUGGUUGUAA